CACUAACCUCCGACUGCCUUACUCUUAGGGAAAAAAAGUUUUCGCUCCAAAAUCUGUUUCUUCCUUGAAUGGACACAAGUUCUCAUGGUUCCCUUCCAUGACCCAAUCUUUCAAGCUCAGAUCUCUUCUUCGCUCUCUCAUUUCCUCUCCUCCUCCUCCUUCUCCAACACUCACUUCUCUUAAAUGGGUCUCUACAAAAACCUCCCCGGCCCCACUUCUUCAAUCACAACAAUACCUUCUUCACCAUAUCCAACAUCUGCUCUCUCUCAAAGCACACCAGAAAAACUUCAAUUACGAGCGCUCUUUAAUCUCAGCUAUGAAGUCCUGCGCAACAACCCAUUUGGCUAUCUCUCAAGGCCGAGGCCAACAAAUCCAUUGCCUUGUUUUAAAAUCAGGCCUUGAUUCAAAUACUUUCAUACGAAAUAGCUUGAUUAACAUGUAUUCCAAAUGUGGGUUUUUCGGUCUUGCAAAAUCAUUGUUUGAUUGGUGUCCUAAGUUGGACCCUGUGUCAUGUAAUAUAAUGAUUUGUGGGUAUGUGAAAUCUGGGAAUUUAGAUGACGCACGCAAGUUGUUUGAAGUAAUGCCUCAAAAAGGUUGUGUUUCAUAUACUACGAUGAUAAUGGGCUUUGUUAAAAAUGAUUUUUGGGGUGAGGCAAUUAAGGUUUAUAAGGAAAUGAGAAAUGUGGGUGUGGUACCUAAUGAGGUGACUAUGGCAAGUGUGAUAUCGGCUUGUUGUCGUGUGGGUAGGAUUUGGGAUUGCAGAAUGCUUCACGGAUUAGUUAUCAAGAUGAUGUUUGACGGGUUCGUUCUUGUCUUAACGAAUUUGUUAAACAUGUACUGUGCUUCUUCGAGUUUAGGAGAAGCGAGAGCUUUGUUUGAUGGGAUGCAAGAAAAGAAUGUAGUUUCGUGGAAUGUGAUGUUAAAUGGGUAUUCCAAGGCAGGGUUUGCCAAUUUGGCUAAGGAAGUGUUUGAGAUGAUUCCAGAUAAAGAUAUUGUUUCAUGGGGCACAAUUAUUGAUGGUUACGUUCGAGUAGAACGGUUAAGAGAAGCUCUCAUGAUGUAUCGUUUGAUGGUCUUUACAGGGUUGGGACCUAGUGAAGUAACGAUGAUUGAUUUAAUUUCUGCAUGUGGGAGAGCAAUGGCAAUUGUUGAGGGUCAGCAAUUGCACUGCGUUGUUGUGAAGACAAGUUUUGACUGUUAUGACUCUGUGCAGGCGACAGUUAUCCAUUUUUACUCAGCUUGUGGCAGGAUUAAUGAGGCUUGUUUACAAUUAGAGUUCGGCAAUAAGGACCAUGUUGCUUCUCGAAAUGCUCUCAUAGCAGGAUUUAUACGAAAUAGAAUAAUUGAUCGGGCAAGGGAAUUAUUUAAUGAGAUGCCUGAGAGAGAUGUCUUUUCAUGGAGUACGAUGAUUUCUGGUUAUACACAAAAUGACCAGCCUGGCAUGGCUUUGGAGCUGUUUUAUGGGAUGGUAACUAGUGGAAUCCGACCAAAUGAAGUGACAAUGGUGAGUGUUUUCUCCGCAAUUGCUGCUUUAGGCACUUUGAAAGAAGGGAGAUGGGCCCAUGAAUAUGUGCAUUAUAACUCCAUCCCUCUAAAUGACAACUUAAGUGCUUCAAUCAUCGACAUGUAUGCCAAAUGUGGUAGCAUCAACACUGCCUUAGAAGUGUUCUAUCAAAUUCGAGAUAAGGCAUCUACUAUCUCGCCGUGGAACACCAUAAUAUGUGGGCUGGCCACCCAUGGACAUGCAAAAUUGUCUCUUGAAAUAUAUUCAAACUUGCAAAGGCGCCAUAUUAAGCUCAGUGCAAUCACUUUCAUUGGAGUUCUUAGUGCGUGUUGCCAUGCUGGGUUGGUGGGGCUAGGGAAGAGCUAUUUUAAGAGCAUGAAGUCCAAACACAAUAUAGAUCCUGAUAUCAGGCAUUAUGGUUGUAUGGUUGAUCUCUUGGGCAAAGCUGGGCGAAUUGAGGAAGCCGAGGAACUGAUUCGAAGCAUGCCUAUGAAGGCUGAUGUUGUUAUUUGGGGUAUGUUGUUGUCAGCAUGUAAAACACAUCGUAACAUAACUAUAGGAGAAAGGGCUGCAGAAAAUUUGGCCAAGUUGGAUCCAUCUCAUGGGCCAAGUAGAAUCCUUUUAUCCAACUUAUAUGCAGAUGUGGGGAGGUGGGAGGACGCUUUUUUGGUGAGGAGAGUUGUGCAAAGCCAUAGAAUGCAUAGAUUGCCGGGAUAUAGUGGUGUUGUGUGAUACGAAGGUACUAGCAAAAUGAUAUAUGAGAUUUUUUCUUAACACCGUUUUAUUUUAUUUUAUUGAGUAUAAUUUUUUAUUUAAUUAGAUAAAGUUCAAAUUU